CUGUCGUGGGAUCGGAGGAUGCCCACUGAACCUUCAGUUCUCCUUAGUCUGUGAGGAGAGAAAUGACUGGACAUUCCAAAUUGGAGAGAAAAUUGGGGGUAGAAUAAUUGGACACAUUAUAAAUAAAUAAAAAAAAAACUUUAAUAAUGGGAUGUCAUCAAUGAUUGAUAGUAUUAGAGGGUGUAUUAAAGUCGCCUUUUUUAAAUCUUUCAGCAUGUUAUCAGGUGGGGCAGAUGGAGUCAUUGUCAUCUUUGACUUUGAGAAUUCCAGCAGGAAGCCGCAGUAUACUUGCAAAUCACUAUGUAGAGUGGGCAGGUCCAGUCGCCAUGUAUACCAGUUCAGUGUGGAGACAGUGCAGUGGUAUCCACACAACACUGGCAUGUUCACAUCAAGUUUCUUUGAUAAGACUCUGAAAGUAUGGGACACAGAGACUUUACUUCCAGCUGAGGUUUUCCAUUUUGAAGGGAAUGUAUAUUGUCAUAACAAGUCUCCCAUUGCAAGGAAACAUAGUUUGAUAGCAGUUGGUACCAAAGACCCCAAAGUACAGCUUUGUGACUUGAAGUCUGGUUCACGUAUACACAUUCUACAGGCACUGAUAGCAGAGUGCGAUUCUGGGAUGUGAGGAAAGCUUCCGGAAGUCUGUUCACAUUAGACCAGCAUAAUGAUGAGAAGUCUGAAGCAUCUUCUGAGGCAGCCCCCUCAUGAUGAGGAGACAGGAAAUUAGAGCCCAGUGACGGAUCAAAAACCGCAACUGUUAAAAACAUAAAGGCGUGAAGUUUACUGCCUCCAGCGGUUGCAGUCCGGAGUUUGUGUUUGCACCCUGUGGUGGUACUAUUGCAGUGUAUGCCCUUUAUACUGGUGAACUGAUAACCACGCUCAGGGGGCACUAGAACAAUGUGGACUGCUGUGAAUUCCAUCCUGAUUUCCAGACUGGAGGACAGUCAAGCUUCAAUCCUGCUUCCAAGAUGCUUGGAGCAGCAGUGAUGAGGAAGGAUGAACCUCUGCUAUCACUGAUGGACUUUUUAUUGAACUGUAAACUCCUGAAAAGAAGGACAAGACUGCAAUAUCUAAAGAUAAUUCACUGUAUGAAAAGAUUAGUAUCUAAUAUUAAAAAACAAACAAACAAAAAAAAUCAUGCCUAGGUAUGUGUUUCCUUGCAGUAACAAGGGUCAGAAUACAAAGAACGGUAAUUCUACUCCUGGGCUAAUUAAAUAUAAUAAAAUAACUACUUUGGUACCUGGAUGGUUUAAUUGAUUUAGAUUUUUUUUAGAACAUAGUUGGAAUAAACAGGUGCAUCUGAAGGGCUAAACAAAUGCAUUGUGGGUCACCAGAGGAACCUCUGUAUUGAGCAUUAUAACGAUAAAAAUAAAUAGGUAACGCCCUUUUUUUUUUAAAAGACUUUUCCAACAGAAUAUUCAGAGGAUGUACAAAAAAUGAUAAUCAUGUGCCAUAUGCAACACACAGGUUUGUGCAAAUGGAUUGAGGGUCAGCACAGUCUGAUUUCUUAAGCAAAUGGAAUCUGCAAUGUGUAUCUGGACUAAAUAAAACCGGUUUUAGUGGCAAUGUGCAACACAGCUGAUCUGUAACAGUGAAGGCUAUUUCGUGUCGAUUCCUUGAUUUAGAGACAAGAAAUCCAAAAUGGUAAUGUCUUUCAUGAAAGUCUGGAGUGGUAAUAAUGUCCUGUCUUGAUAAUACCACUUUGCACCAUGGCAUUUUAUAACUUGAAACUGUCAUCUGGUUAAAUGAUUUACCAUGCUCAAUAACCUCAUAGAAAACAGAGGAGACAGAUGUGUUUUCUUUAUCCAUGUAUAACUCUUUUUUCCUCCAUAUUUAGGAUUAUUUCUGAAUAAAUUAAAAAAAAAAAAAGCUCCUCAGAAAACUGCCACAUUGCUGUUAAUUCUGUUUACAUAUGUUUUUUCUCCUAAUGUAUUCUAUCUAUCAAGGUGAAUAAUGCAUUUUAAACAA